CGCAUUCCAUCACAGCUCUGCACCGCACGGAGCAUUAUGCCCGUCGACCGGCACGUGUUGGCGAACGAGCGGACGCUGAUGGCGUGGCUGCGGCUGGCCGCGACGAUGGGCCUCGGCGCCUUCCUCGUCAACGUCCUCCAAAAGUCCUCGUCAAAGGCCGCGCUCGGGCCGAUGUCGCUGGUCCAGUCGCUCGUGGCGAUCAUCAUAGCUGCCGUGUCGCUGGUGCGCUUCUACCAGCGCGACUACCUGCUAAAGUCGCGGCACAUGGGCGCGGCGUUUGGCGACUGGAUGCUGCCCGUGCUGUCUGGCGGCAUGAUCCUCGCCAUCGUCGUCUCUGCGACCGGAAGCGCAAUCAGCCGGUGGGCGGAGUGGCACUUCCACGGCCCCGAGUGCGUCGCGCUGCCCGGCUUUCUCGAGACGCCCGGCGCACCGCGGCCGCACGUCUACGUCUCCUUCCACGGCUCGUCCGAGCCGACGUCUGCAAUCUGCCACCCCGAGCAGGGCGUGUCUGGCAUCCACAAGUUUUCUCUCGCGAGCGGAGAGUACGUCGGCCCGGCGACGGACCAGCUGAGCGCGGUGCAGAAGAUGCCUCGCCAGCUCCUCGUCGCGGGCGACCACCUCCUCGUCGCCGACGGCGCCCCCUCCAUGUCGUCGGUCGCCGUGUUUGGGCGGUGCGUGCCUCCUGAGCCGGACCACGUCUCCGUCCCGCCGCGAGAGUUCCUCGGCGUGAUCAGGGCGCCGGCGCAGGACACGCGCAGCGCGGAGGGGCUGCUUGCGCACGGCGCGCCCGUCACGCCCCUCGCGAUGGAGCACCCCUACGGCCUCGCCCUCGGGCCGGACGGGUCGACGCUGCACGUCUCGACGCAAAACGGAGGCGCCGCCAUCUCCGUCUCCCUCAAGAACGGGUCGAUGGCGCUGACGCAGCAGGUGGCCCCGCCGGUGCCGCUGGUCGGCCGCCAAGUCGGCGGCCCUCUCCGCGGCAUCGCCGUCGACGCCGCCAACUGUAUGCACGUCGCCGACCGAAAGGCGCACCGCGUCGCCCACUACUGCCCAGCAGACGCGCCGCAGCCGUCCGGCUUCACGGAGGUCAAGCACCCCAUCGCCCUCUCCGUCGUACACGACAUGCCGCACGAAGCCGGCACGCUGCUCGUCGGCUCUGUCGAGAAGCGGGCCUCGCUCGACGCAGACGGGUCCGACAUCGGCGACGCCGAGGGGGUGGUCCUCGCCUUCCCGCUCGACCUGCACAAGCCAGUCUUCCCGCUCCAGGUGUCCGCCACGUACGGCGACAAGAAGUCGCUCUCCCACCCGGCGGGCAUGCUGGUGUCGGGCGGGCUGCUCUACGUCCUCGACCAGUCCUCGAAGCAGCUCCUCUCCUUCGACCUCGAGACGGCUAAGUACAAGGGCGCCGCCAUCAAGACCCUCCCCGACGUCCCGGAGGACGUCGCGCUCGUCCCGGACGGAUGCUAGCUCGCACCCAGACCGAGGACGGCCCGCUAGGUGGACGCCCCCAGCCGCCCGCGGAGGAGAGAGAUCAUUUAGUCCAUAACGCAGUAACCGCGGAACGUGUUUGAGAGUUCAUGCGAGAGAGAUUGUGUUCAUUGUGAUGUGCGCCCACGCCGUCCGGCUAGGGCCGGCCACAACUCUGUCCGGCGUGGGACAUGCAUCCACUGCGCUUCCCCCCUCGCGCCGCGUCGCGCGCGGCGGGGGGCGUCUUCUCGUCUAUGCCGUGGGCGGCUCCCCCCUCCCCGAGAGAGGGGGGCGGGGGGGGAGGUCGUCUCACGUUUGUUCAUGUGCACACACAACUCUUUUUGUAUGUGUAAGAGCUAAGCACUAAG